GAUAACAUGAUAUAUAGAAAGUUACAAGUAGAUCUUAUUUUCAACCACUACCGGUCUCAUCAAUGGAAUCCUUGGCAAAGUUUUUCAAUGCAGCGGUAGUUUUGCCCCUUACUGCUGGGGAAGCGUCUGAAAACCAUCACAGUACUGACAAUUUACGAUCGCAUGAUGGCAGUAUUAGCGGACUAAUACUACUUUCAAGUGUUUUGGUGAUUACCGUUCUUUCUAUGUUUGGAGUUCAGUUGGUAGAUUCAGAAAAGAACGAAACAAUGACGUAUUUUACAAUUUAUUCUUAUCUUUGUGUCGUUAUUUUCUUAGCAAUAGUUGUUUGCAUUGCUCAUUUAAUAAAUUAUCGACUGAAGCAUGCUGAUAUUUUGACAACAGCUGUAAAUGUAAACGCCAACUUCAAAGUGAAAUUUUUAUUUCUGUGGAUUUUUGCAAUUGGAAGUAUUUUGUUUACGCUAGCAAAAAUUAUCAGUACAGUUGGCUGUAAAGGGAAAACAUUCGAGGAGCGCAAGAAGGACGGUUGCGUAGACAAAAAUUCGACUUAUGACACUAGUUAUGAAAUAGCAAAAGUUAGCUUUCAUUGCACCGAAAUUAUUUUUUAUGUGAUUCAGUCAUGGUUUUUACAGUUUUGUAUUCGUUGUUGCUUUAAAUGCUCAUGGAAGAAUUACUAUAGUUUAUUGUUAAUAGUACUUGCAAAUAUUUCUCAAUGGGCUCAUUAUUUUGCUGAAAUUUACCAAAACUCAGCAGGCAAUAGUAGGAAUUGUGCUACAAGUUACAAAUGCUACCCACACAUUAUUUAUGAGAAGAUUAGGCCGUACGCACAUCCACUACAAAUGGAAUACUUUCUACUUUCGAUGAUUUUAAUUGCUGAACUAUGGCCAACAAAUCAAAAUCAUGGUUAUGAAUUACCUUCUAGCAACCCUGCAACACGUCAUGGAAAUGAAAAUACUCCAUUACUUUCUCCUUUAACUCAUUUAUUACCGAUUACCGCAUCAAUGGAAACUUCUAUUGAAAGUAGAAAUUUACUUGAUAGGCAACCAAAAGGCCGUUCGCUUAAUUUAAAAGCCGUUGCGUGUAUAACUGUUGGAGUUGUAAUAGUUGUCCCGUGUUAUAUUUUCGGCUCUAUUACCAUAUCAGAAAGAGUGACGAACGUUGGGCGAGAAAAUGUGACCAAUGGACCAAUGUCAGCUAUGGAAAUUACUGAUGUAGCCUACGAUAUGUUUUUAACUUUAUUCGUGAUAACAUUAUUGAUAAUAAGUUUUUAUAUGUUUUCACAGUCGUCAUCCCUAAAGGCAGUAAUGGUAAAACAAUAUCUCCAUUUUCAUCACAAGAUUAUUAUUGCAAGUUUUUUAGGUUCCAUUGGAUAUUUUUCACUAGUAGUAUUUUCGUGCAUAUACGAAGGAAAGUCAUACUUGUUAAUGAUUCAGAAGUUUUUAGUAUUGAUAGAGGUAUACCUUCAAAUUGUAUGUAUUCUGCAAUUCAAUAGUUAUUCAAAAUAUCGGCAGAGUUCAGGGGAUUAUGUUUAUCUUUUACUAUCUGUAAUCAACCUAUGCUAUUGGAUUGACGACAGUAUUUUUGAAGCAACUACUACAUACGAUAAAGAGAUAUUAGAAAACGUGUAUAGCGCUACCACACAAAAACUUGUAUCUCAUUUCCUGUUACCUUUUCUAGUUUUCUUUCGGUUUAAAUCUUUUAUAUCAUUUUAUAGUAUAUUCCGCCAAAUUCCAAAGGAUGACGAAUGUAUAUAAAACGUGAUAAUAUAGUACUCAUGAAUGUUUGAUAUUCACGAUAGAAAAUAUUUCAUCAAACUUUGGUGUACUAUGAUUUUAUUCAUUUGUUAAUCAGUGCUUUUGCCUCUUUAAAAAAAUGUCCUUUUUGCACAAUUUUGGAUUUUUUGCAGUUUUCUUUUUUUUUUGACAAUUUCUUUGUAAUGAAAAAUGUAUACGAAUGGAAUAAUACUUGACCAUAUGUUUAUCCUAGUUGUUUGUGUCUGUAAUUACGUGGUUGAUGUACUGUGGAAAAUCUGGCAAAUCCUUUAUCAUUUUUAUUCAUCAUUAUUAUAAUCUUUGUUAAAAUGUUUCCGAAAUUCUCCUAAGAGUCUAAAAUGGUUUUUUUCUGGAAAAGCGUCCCAGUGCCUGAUAGUUAUUUCAGUGUUGUUUAUAGUAUACGUUGACUCGUCAAUCUUGUUUUUUUACGGAAGUAGGCGGAUCAUAGCACUAUUUUGGCUGCAUCUAGUUCAAAGCGCUUUAUUUAAAGAGAUAUAAGAAAAUGUGGUAUGAGUGCCAAUGAGACAACUCUCCAUGAGAACUAAUUGCAAUACAAUAAUCAAAACUAAAUAUUUAAGCAUGUUAGGUUUGCUUCAAGAAAUGAUGUGCCGUAUAUACAUUUUUUAAAUUUAUGAUUUUUUUUCGGUUUCAUGCUAUAGUUAUUUUAGUGAUUUUUUAAGGUUUAUCUAAUAAUUACAGUCAGUAUUAAUAUGAUACUUAUGUGUGAGCUAAGAAUAGGCUAUGUAAAGUAGUAUUAUCUUUAUUCAUUAUCAUGAAUAGUUUAAAACAUAUAUGAAGGUCCCUUAGAAUUUAUCACAAAAUAUUGUAAAACAUAUGUGCUACAUGAAUGACUGUCAUCAAAUGUACACUCUCAUAUUAUGAUUUAUUUUUAAAGUUAAACGGGAAGUCCAGAACGUUAGUCUGUGGCAAAUAAAUUUAGGAAUUAUUGUUUAAAAUGAAAUUGUGCUUUACAUUUUAACUGCUACUUUUUACAAUAUAAUAAGAGCUGCUAAUAUAAACGGUACCAAUGUUUCUGCACCUGAUUCGCAUUUCGACAAUUAAUGUCUCUUCAGUGAUGCUCGAGGCCAAAAUAUUUCAAAAUCCAAAACCUUAUACAAAUGUUAAAGAGCUAAUCAGCCAAAUGAUUUUAUUCUUUAAAAUUGAUCAUACAUCGAGAAUAUACCAUUACGGCAAUUCAAAACCAUGCGUUGAAGAAAUAAAACCAACAUCCUUACCAAAAGAAAAAAAAGAUGACCAUAUAAAUAAAAACCUAUCACACUACAAAGAAAACUAAUGAUCGAGCAACACAAACCCGAGAAUAAACGAGUCAACUCGAGCACGAGUCAUUAUAGUUUAGUAGCUGAAACAUAAGCUUUUAAGAAUACAUAUAUACCCGUCUGGACCCGGUUGUUCAUCUCUUGGUUAAAUUUUAACCAAGAGUAGAUCCUAACCCUUGGUUAGAAUUUAACCCUAGGUUAUUUUCUGUUGUUUAUCAUGUGGUUAAGGUAGAUUCACUGUAUACCGCCAUCUUGGAUUGUACAAUAGCAGUACACAAUUGGUCUAGUUCUUUGCCUAAAUCUGCAAAUUUUGAGACAGAUUUGCAAUUAAUGUGUAAGAAUGUUCAUUUGCAUAAAGAAAAAUAAGUGAGUUAUUGCAUAAUCCAAAAUGUUUAAACAAAUACCAAAUAUUUGUGAAUUUAGAAUCUAUUUCUCAACUUAGCCAUUUCAGGGGAGAUAACUCUUAUAGUAAAAUUUAAAUACUGGAAUGAUAGUAAAAUUUUCAUUUUUUACUUGUAGCACACUAUUUUUAUUUUUAUUUUCUUAAAGCAAAUAAUAAAACCCAUCUUCUCAUAUUUUAUUUCAAAUUCUAUCUCAUAGAUUUCUUUUUAUUCACAGAUAUGUGUUUUUUCAUGAACAAUCUAUGCAAAUCUGGGCAAUUUUUCACGAUUUGUAGCUUGAAAAAUAGCCCGGUGACCCAUACUUUUAUUAUAUUUUUGAAAAAAGCAUGGUAAAAUCUUCAUUUUGGCAAAGUUUAAGAAAACUCUAUUUGAGAAAAUAUAUACCGAUGAUCCACCUUGAAUUUAACCCUAUCUUUAAUCCUUGGUUAAAUGAUUCAGAUUUAACCUUGCUUCGAACCUCUUUUAAAAUUUUAACCAAGGAAUAGUUCCGUCUAAAAAUACGAUUCCCUGUUUAUUACUAGAUUGGAAUGGUCACUAAAUGUUUGAUACAACAUAUUCUUCGUUUUCUACGGCCAUUUGUAAUCGGAAACUGAUUAUCACGUUUUACAGUCCUUCCCCCUUUUUUGCCUUGAGGUUUACGUCUACCUAACAGACAUUUUCAAAUCAACAUUUUCUUAACCCUGUCAUCUUCUAUGUUUAUCUAUAAUAAAAUAAUUAACGAUCAACGAACAACGGAAUUUUAACCCUUGGUUACGUAACCCUCAGUUAAAAGAUUUAACCCUGGAUUAUAUCUAACCAAGGGUUAUAUUUGACCGAGAGAUGAACAACCUGGUCCUGAAAGUAUAUUACAACUCACAAGGCCAGGGGAGGAAAAUUAAAGUAUUUUUUAUAUUUAUUGUUUUCUCUAUAUUAUUUUAAUUGUUAUAUAAAUUUCGGAAUUCGUUUUAACAAAACUAUAUCUGUAGGUUAUAUAUUAAUUCAUAGCCAGUUCAAAUAAAUAGAAGUUACUAUGUGAGCCAUAAAAGUGUCCUGUGAAAAAGUGUCCACCGGACACUUUUUCACAGAAAAGGUAUAUUUAAAUGUGUCCGAUGUUGUGAAAGAGUGUCCAUUCAAUCGGACAUAAUUUCAUGAUAAAAUACUAUCAAAUUCUGUCUUGAGAAGGUUAAUUUUCAAUAAGAGGACACUUUUUCACAGUAAAAAAUGUCCUUUAAAGGGAGAUAAAAAAAAACGUCACUGAAAUGUUUUAGCUAUAUUCAAUUUUCUAUUAUUAAAACAAAACAAAAUAAGAACAAGUUAUAAUUUGAUAUAAACAAAAAUGGAAGGUGUUGAAUUCCGAAGCAUUUUUAACUAUCUUAGCUAUAAAGAUGUCGACAAAAAGUAUCCAUCAGCAUCAACUGACAAUGAGAAAAGAACUAUCAGGAGAAAAGCACCCAACUAUAAAAUAAAAAUGAUGAACUGUACUUUACAACUAUUGACAACUAUUGUCCGUGGACACAAUUUACUGUGGACAUAAUUUCAUGGCAGACAAUAUUUAAUCCUGUGAGCCAUAAAAGUGUCCUGUGAAAAAGUGUCCAUAUUAAGUUCUAUUAAAUGUAUUACUGUUUUUGUGUGUAUUAGUACAUGUUUUAUAGUACAAUUUAUGUUCAAUUACACAUGGUGAUGAUCACCACAUUUAUUAUGAA